GUUCCAAGUGAACGUUUUGGUCAUGCGCUUUGGAGCUCCAUUUCUGCGGCGCCUGUAUGUACGUCUUACGCCUGUCAAGAGUGGGUGGCAGUUCUGGCAACCUGGUGUCUUGCUGCCUGCCAUGCGGACCAAGUGGAUGGCAGUCCUGGUGGCAUGGUGUCUUGCUACCUGCCAUGCGGAUCAAGCGGAUGGAAAUUCUGGCGGCCUGGUGUAUUGCUGCCUGCCCUGCGGACCUCGUGGUCAGCUGUUCUAGCAGCCUGGUGUCUUGCUGCCAGCCGUGCAGACCAAGUGGAUGGCAGUUCUGACGGCCUGGUGUCUUGCCGCUGUACUGCUGACCUCGUGGCCAGCUGUUCUAGCGGCCUGGUGCCUUGCUGCCUGUCCUGUAGACCUGGUGGCCAACUGUUAUAGCGGCCUGCUGGCCUAUGACAUCGAACUGGAGACCAAAGAACACAACCGCCUACUUGGAGGACUCGGUUGGGACUUUGAUGGAUCUCAAGGCAUUCUCUCGGGCAGCAUGGGCCGCGUGAACAAGAUGCUCAAAUCCAACAGAUCCAGCUGCCGGCUCAUGUGCUACGUGAUUCUCGGAGUGGUGGCGUUGGUGCUGCUUGGCUACACACUUUCCGUCAGGGCGACUUGUCAGUGAUGUUACCCAAGCAACGCGAAGGAUGUGCACAUGCAUAAAUUUCACAUGAAAAGAAGAAAAUGCUCUGUCAUGGCACCUAGUGGGUCAUCUGUACAGUGCUGAUGUGCUGUGGCAGCCACUUUUUGUUGCACUUCGUUUUGGAGUGUAUUGAGGGUUGCCAGGUGUGCUGAUUUUCGUCUCGGCACUUUUGAUUACUUUUUAGUUG